CCGUCCGCCGCGCCCGGCUCCCCGCCCCCCCCCCCCGCGAACUCGGGUCCCCCGCGCCCUCUAGAACGCCGGCGUGGCUGUCGCACUUCGAACCCCCCCCACCCCACCCCCCGCCCAUCCAUCCAUCCUCGCCUCCGGGAGCCGGCGGCCGCGUCUCCCGCCAGCCUCCGGCCCCCGCAUCAAUCAUUAACGCGGCGGCCCCGAGCGGCGGCUGCAGCCCAAGACGGGGGUGGGGGAGGAGGGGGAUGGUAGACGACACGAGCCAGGGGACACCUCCAUCCCCCGCCGCGGCACAGACACCCUAACCCCGGGGGCCCCCGCCCUGCGCGGCGCCGCCCUCCCCCGCCGGCGCCUCGCGCACAUCCCGCCUCCCGCCGCCCGCCCCGCGCGCACGAUGCCCAGUCACCGCCGCGCCGCCGCCGCCGCCGCAGUCAGCCGCGCCACCGCAGUCCCCGCAGCGCGGCCGGCCGCGCGCUGACACACACACACACACACACACACACACACACACACACACACACAGGCACACACAGGCACACACGCACACGCGCGCACACACGCACCGGCGAGCCGCGCGCAGCCGCCGAGCUCCCGGGCACGGCCGGUUCCCCGAGCCCCCGGGCCGCGUCGCCAACCUGCGGCCGCGGCCCCGCGCCCGCGCGCGCGCGCCCCCGACGCUCCGACGGCCCCCGGCGCCUGCGGGUCGCCUCGCGCGCUUCCUAACCCAGCCCGGGGCGGCAUGCCGCGGCGCUUGCAGCAGCGGGGCGCGGGCGCCAAGGGGCCGCCGGCCUCGGCCUCCAGGCGCUCCGUCCCCGCUCCCGCCCCCGCCCCCGCACCCGCACCCCGGAGCCCGCCGGCCCCCUCAGCCAAGCCGCUGCUGCGCUGGGACGAGGUGCCCGACGACUUCGUGGAGUGCUUCAUCCUGUCCGGCUACCGGCGGCUGCCGUGCACCGCGCAGGAGUGCCUGGCCUCGGUGCUGAAGCCCACCAACGAGACGCUCAACUUCUGGACGCACUUCAUCCCCCUGCUGCUGUUCCUCAGCAAGUUCUGCCGCCUCUUCUUCCUGGGCGGCAGCGACGUGCCCUUCCACCACCCCUGGCUGCUGCCGUUGUGGUGCUAUGCGUCGGGAGUGCUGCUGACCUUCGCCAUGAGCUGCACGGCGCACGUGUUCAGCUGCCUGUCCCUGCGCCUGCGCGCCGCCUUCUUCUACCUGGACUACGCUUCCAUCAGCUACUACGGCUUCGCCAGCACGGUGGCCUACUACUACUACCUGCUGCCCAGCCUGAGCCUGCUGGAUGCCCGGGUCAUGACGCCGUACGUGCAGCAGCGCCUGGGCUGGCACGUGGACUGCACCCUCCUCAUCGCCGUCUACCGAGCGCUCGUGCUGCCCGUGGCCUUCGUGCUGGCCGUGGCCUGCACCGUGGCUUGCUGCAAGAGCCGCACGGACUGGUGCUCCUACCCGUUUGCCCUACGCACCUUCGUCUUCGUCAUGCCGCUCAGCAUGGCCUGCCCCAUUAUGCUGGAGAGCUGGCUCUUCGACCUGCGAGGCGAGAACCCCACACUCUUUGUGCACUUCUACCGCCGCUACUUCUGGCUGGUGGUGGCCGCCUUCUUCAACGUGAGCAAGAUCCCUGAGCGCAUCCAGCCGGGCCUCUUCGACAUCAUCGGCCACAGCCACCAGCUCUUCCACAUUUUCACCUUCCUCAGUAUCUAUGACCAGGUGUACUACGUGGAAGAAGGCCUGCGCCAGUUCCUCCAGGCGCCCCCGGCCGCGCCCACCUUCUCAGGCACGGUUGGCUACAUGCUGCUACUGGUGGUUUGCCUGGGGCUGGUCAUCAGGAAGUUCCUGAAGAAUGCCGAAUUCAGCAGCAAAAAGUUUUUGCUGGAGAUCUCCCGGGUCCCCUCUUGCUGUGUGUCUUUGUCUUUAAGCAGAGGCCACUUGAGGAUAAAAUCACACCCGUAUCAUUUUCAGGUGCCACGAGCACUGGCAGUGGGACUUCCUACAUGAUAACACGUGCCAGCGUGCCAGCUCCCCUUCCUGUUUGCAAACACACCACAUACACCACUCAAGAUCAGGGACGCUCUCACUACAUGUUCCUGGCUGGAUUAUAUUGUGUCUGUUAAGACCGAUAAUGCUGUUUUAGGGCAAAUAUUUACUCAGUCUCUAUUUGCAUGGAGCUAACCAGGCUUGUUACACAUUUCAGGAGUAAUGUAGCUGUCAGAAUAAAACUCUUUAAAAAAAAAUAACUUUUUCAUAUUCUCCAUCUUGCCACAUCCGUUGGAGUCAGUUUGAUUGCAUUUAACAGUUCGAAAUAUAUGACAAAUUAUAAAUAAGAAUCCACUAUCUUCACACAACCUAUGUGGCAGUAAAAUUUUGAAGCGUGUUAUGAAAUCCGUUUUCUUGGUAGUCAUAAUCUAGGCAGCCUCUCCAAGAGCAGACCCUUGGAGUCGUGUCUGGGAAAUGACUGAUUUCUGUGUCUGUUGGCUCCUGGGGCUAAGGCUCAGGUUUAGUUGGCUAAAGGAGACCCUUUUUUUUUCCUCCCCUCCUUGCCACUCAGGUGAAGAAGAUGACCUUCCCAGAGAGAGGAAGUACAAACUCCUUCAUGUCAUGACUGGCUUGUAAAAAUAAACAUGAUCUUUUUUUCCACUGGCCAUACACGUUCCAUAAAUAGCCCAGGGAGAAAGUAUGGGGCUACAUAACUGUUCAAACUGUUCAGAGUGGCCUUCACCUGCUUCCAUUCAUAAACCCCGCCUGUAAGUGCGUGCAGUCAGAAACCGCUUAGCCUAAUCCAUCGUGCUACUUUACGUGGGAACCAUUGCUAAGAAGGUAAAGUUGGCAAGUUUUUCUGAUUUGGUGAUUUUCUGAAUCUGAGGGCUCAACAACAGUAAGCCAGGAUUUUUCAUCUUCCACUCUCCCAGCUAGCUAAUCUGCACAAAGCUAUAGUAGACAGGUAUGGUCAAAAUUACCUUUCAGGGGUUUUACCAUUGGCCGAAGGUGACAGAAUUCAGUCUUCAAACUGAUAUGAGAAGGCUCAGCUGUGUCUGUGUCAGGACUAUACGUUACACGGUCAGACUUAUAGAUGCCAAUUGGAUAUAUUGUGUCUAAUCUUGGGUAAAUAUAUUUAUUUAAUUGAAUAUAUAUUUGAUUUUGAAAAGGAACAAAAUAAGAGAUGGCUAUCUUUAAAAUUCGAUUACAAAAUCUUAAAAUGUGACCAGCCACUGAGAUGGUUUUCACCAUCUCCUUCUUCCUCUGUUAAGUUUGCCAUUGCUGACUGACUCUGAAGCAUCUUUGGCUGAUGUCCAUCCAGAUUGUCUUCGUGCAAUCUCCCUAGUGACUUCUGAACAUCUACUAAAUGUAAAGCAUUAAGCAAGGAUCCAUGCAUCCAUCCAUAUAACUGAUUACUUUUUUGUCUUACAGCAGAGGAGAGCAGUUUGGGUCUUUUCUCCUAUGGGUAUAAGAUCAGUAUGCUGGAAUCCUGUUUUAAUUAACAUAGUCAUUUAUCUGUAGCUUUUUACUUUUUUCUCUGUUUCUUAGCCAAAAAAAAAAAAAAAAAAAAAAAAAAAAAAAAACCUCGAAACUCUAACUUACAAUUCAGGUAUAAGAAGAGUCUAUCUGGAGAGACUUCAGAGUUUAAAGUUUUAUCACCACAAUAACCAUACGACUGAUGAUGAACUACUGGAAGGUUUAUAGCAUCCAACCGUUCUGAAGAGUGGUUCAUUCAAAGUGCCUAAAAUGAGGUGUAACUGAGUGGCUUUUCAUAGGUGCAAGAUCCCACAGGUGUGAGGGUAAAAUGCUUAAAUCUCAAAAAAGAUUUUCUUCUAGCCUUUUUAUUCCAUCUUCUAAGAUCCUUUUGUUGUACCCUCCAGGGGGUAUAUUAAAAAAAGAAACCACUUGUCAAUAAAGGAAUCAUAUAUAUAUGAUAUAUAUAUGUAUAUCAUAUAUAUGAUAUAUAUAUAUCAUAUAUAUAAUUGGCAGAAGAUGUUGGAAAGAGAGCAGGAGGAUUGGAAUCAAGCAGCCAGCAUGGACGGAGUUACCUGGUUGUAAAGUCCGUCCCUAGAAAAGCGUGCGCACUCUGAGGGUGUGAAUGCCCAAGCAGGUGGCAAGGCAUUCGAUUUGGCAUCUUAACAACAUCCUGAAGCUUUUGCCUGCAGCACUGGGUGCCAUGGGAUAUUUUGAGCAGUACGUUUAUCCCGUGGCUUAAUUUGCUUCCUUAAAAUUAGGGCAUAGGUCAAAAAGGCAUGAGGGCUAAUUGUGAAUCACAUUUUAAGUCAUUUUCCUGAAGGAUUGCCAGAAUUUGUUGACAUGUAUUUCCAGAUGAAAGCAAAUGAGUCCAGACAUCCUCAGAAAGGAAGCAUUGGAUUGCUGAAAUCGGAAAUUACAGGCUAUUCUUAUAGGAGGGACCAUGAGCCUUCCCAUUGACCUGUUGAAGUUUUCUUGUCAAUAAUUUUUCUUAAUUACAGAAUGAUUAUCAGUUCUUAGUCAUCAAAAAACCCAACAUAAAGUUUUGUUGUCAUUCCCCCAAAGAACAAAUGUAUUGAGUUUCUGGUUUGUGAAUUUCUCACUGAUUUGUAGGCUUUUUUGUUGUUGUUUUGCUUUGUUUUGUUUUUGCUUCUUAAGCAGCCUAUGAGCAAGCUGUAGAAAUGGGUAGCUUAGUUAUAGAUAAGGACCCAGAAUGCUCACUUGGCUAGUGACAGUAACAGGGUGUGGCUUUUGAAGCUCAGACGCACAACUGCAUGCAACAAUAUGCAGUUACUAUUUGGCCCAGAAGGCUAGCAGCCCCUUCUUUAAGCUUUAGGAAAUCCCUAUCGCCACCCAGUGUUACGCUUCUGAAUGUAACAUGGAAGCUUUAAUGCUAUUUGUUCUGAACAUGGAACAUGUUCUGAACAUGGAACAUUUCUCAAGGAAGUGUCUUGAGUGUGCAAAUCUGUUCUUGACUGUGUAAAAGUGGCAGGCCGUCCUCCCCAUGCCUUACAGCUCCCCAAAUAUGCAAUAAGUGCUUGCACUCAAGGCGGAGUCGUGAGGAGUCUUUAGCUGGUUAGUUAGCCAUGCCACAAAGACCCUUCUUCUCAUGGUUUACCACCACACUGAGGUAGGACACCGUGUAAAUAAACCCAGUUUCUGGGUUAAGUGUAAAGACGCAUUUCUUUCUCUUCUUCUGUUGGUUCCAUCUCUAUUUAGAAAGUAUAGUCUUUUUUAACUUGCUGGAUGCAAAAAUAAAUAAAUAAAAGACAAUUCAUGGGGAAAAAUUUUUAAAGUCAUACUUUAAUUUUAUAUUCCAAAGGUUUGUAAUAGCAAUUUGUUUGUUUAAAAAGCAAAAACAAAAAAAAACCAGGCCUUAGUACAGGUAUGAGAACCAGGGCUCUCUCUCAAAAGCCUCAUCUUUGUCUGGGCAUUUAAUCACUCUGAGCUCUCACCCAAAUGGGUCUUUCGAACUGUAAAUAUUGUGUAGUUGAAGAAAAAGAUAAUUUUUUUUUUAGAAGAAAAAGCAUCAGAUUCUAGAUGUGUAACAAGGCUAAGCAUAAAAGUCUCUUUUAUAAAAUUCUGCCUAGAAACUUCACUAAAUUCCAUUUCCUGGGAAGGCUUAGUGGCACAGGUCUGUCUCUGCCAGGUUGGUUUACUUUUCUGGAGCCAUGAGAGAAUUAUUCUACCCAAGCAACCGAGAACCCAGGCAAUAAGGACGUGUCACCAUAGUGAAUCAUAGAGCCAGCAGGAGCCUCACCCGGGGAACUCAGGUACUCAUUUCUUCCACGUGGAAACUGUUAACCCCAUCUAUUGUUGCAUAGACAAGAAAGCUAUCCAUUUGGGACUGUAGUGGGUUUUCCUUUUGCUUAGGCAUAUGGUAGCUCUGAACUUGAAUCUUCAUUCCAGCUUUCGCCAGCCCAUUCCAACCACCUUUGAAGCGUUUUACUUUACACAAAUCCAGCCUUGAAGACAACAGAUUCCUAAAAGGAUUCCCUAUGUGCUUAGGCAUUCAACCACCCGCCUUAUGAGGGUAUUGCUUGAGAGUCUUGUCUCUCUCCACGUUCUCGGGCAGAAGAAGGGGCAGAGGGAGGAUUUAACACGUCCAAUAGAAAGGUUCCAUGGGUUGUUUCUAGAGCUCCUUUAAUGGCGAUGGUGGAGAAAGAUGGGUGUGAAGAACAAUGCAGGCAUUUUUUUCCCACCGCUUGCUAAAUGAUUCUUAGGCCACCCUGACUCCAGCCCUCACCCUAAGAGCUGACUUAGGUAGAGAAGCGAGCCCAGGAGGUAAGAACUUCCAGCCCAGACUAUACAGUGUAGUCUGACGGAAGAUCAUGAUUUCAUCAUAAUUCCAGAUUUCCAGAAAAAUGAAGCAAAAUCAUCUUUAGACACAGACAUUCUGGCCAGCUCUGUGCAUGGGACUGGACUCUUUGCCUUCGUUUCCGUUGUACAGUUUGCUAAGAUUUUAGUUUUCUGAGACACUUGUUUUCUCCUGUCUUGAACAUGAAAAAAGAAAUCUGUGAAAAAGAUAUCAACUAUGCAUUUUGCUGAAAAACAAAUGUAUGAAAAAAAAAAGAAUAAACGAUUUAUAAGCACA